CUUCUGCAUACUCUUUCCUCUGCCAUCUCUAUCUUCCUAGCAGCACACCAUGUGGUCGAGCAUAUCUCGAACAUCAACCAGACUUUCAAUUCUCCGGUCGACCCCACUCACCAACCAUUGCCCACCAACUCUUCCCCUUCCCCGCUCCAGGACCGCCUUUCCACCCUCUCUGACUCGGUCCGCCCCCAUCUCUCGUGCCCUCCACACCACCCGCCCCUCGUACGCAAAGUACGAGCGUUUCGACCAAAGACCGAGUUUUGGCGGAUCCCCAGGUCCUAGUGGAGGCGGCCCCACACUUUGGCAGUAUGUUAAACGGAGAAUGGGAGGGGAUAGAGCUGUGUGGGUCUAUGGGAUUGGGAUUGGUGGUGGAGGUAUUUAUUAUGUGACCCAUCUUGAACGAGUUCCCGAAACAGGAAGAUUACGUUUCAUAGAUGUUGACGAAGCCCAAGAACGUGAACUGGGACGUCAAACCCAGCUCCAAACAUUAUCAGAAUAUGACCGCGCCCUCCUCCCUCCUAAUCACCCGAUAAGCAAACGGGUAAGGAAGGUUGCAACUCGUAUCAUCGAAUCGAGUGGAUUGGGCAGGGUCAAGUCGAGUGGAGAGAUGGGUGCUAUUGAGGGGACAGUGCCCGCUUGGGGUGGAGGAGUGGAUGUGAAGGAUAUAUUUAUGGGAGGUGGAGAGGGUGGUAAGGAGGUGAGGGAAGGGAAAGAUACGGAAUGGGAGGUAUAUGUCAUUGACGACAAGAAAACCAAGAACGCUUUCGUCCUCCCUGGUGGGAAGAUCUUUGUCUUUACAGGUAUCUUGCCCGUCAGUGCCAACGAUGAUGGAUUGGCCACUGUUCUUGGGCACGAAAUCGCGCAUCAAGUGGCUAGGCAUCCUGCGGAGAGGAUGAGCUCUAUGAAGGUUCUCUUUGCUCUUGGGCUUUUGUUGGAGACUCUUGGGCUUGAUGUAGGUGUUAGUCGUCUACUCUUGACUUUUAUGCUGCAGUUGCCGAACUCGAGAAAGAAUGAGAGUGAAGCCGACUUUAUCGGUCUCCGUCUCAUGUCACGAGCGUGCUUCGAUCCUACUGAAUCUUCAAAAAUGUGGCAACGCAUGUCAGCUUCCGAAGGCGGUAAAGGCCUGUCAGUCGACUUUCUUUCUACUCACCCAGCCAAUGCGAAACGUAUAAAGCAGCUUGAGAAUUGGAUGCCCGAGGCACAACAAAUUAGAGCUGCAAGUCCUUGCGGAACAACGUCGGACAAUUUCAAUGGAUUCUUAGAUGCUGUUAACCCUAAUGGGGGAACUUAUGGCUCAAGACUUUGGUAAAGUAAGGGGGUAUAUAUCCAGUUGGGCGGGAAGUCAUUGGGAACUGAGGGGAGAAAAAUCCUGAUCCCGUAUUAGUAUAAAGGUGUAAACGGUAUAAUAGCAUGCAG